CUUAUCGAUCGGUGCACGCAAUCGCGUUAAGUUGUAUAAUAUUUCGUCUACAUAAUGUUUUGUUUUUAGUUUUCCAACUCCAGUUUGUUUGGAAUGCGUGGCUUUUCAAUCAUUUAUUAUUUUAAGACAAACGUCACAUAAAUGGAUUUACAUAUUGAUGAAAGGAAUGAUAAUAGAUAAAUGCAAUGACACUCGUAUAAUAAAAUUUUCAUCAUAAUUCUGCUGUAUUUUCCCGAAUAAGAUGAUAAAAACAAUAGCUCAUUGAAAACACAAUCAACAAUUUCAAGUUUAAAAGAUAAGAAAACGUAGUCUAUUUUUUCUAAAAUGUGUAAACGUGAUUCGAUUAAAUUACAAAUUUUUUUGAUAACCUCCAAAAUUAAUCGCCAAUUACAGUAAGUCGAAACUGAAUUAAUUAUUGGGAUGGAUUUUCCGCACAAUAUUGCACUCCGCAAGGGAAAUCCUGAUUUUCGAACUGGUUGACUGAAACCUGAAACAAUCCAAACAUGGAUUUCAAUACACUGCUUCAAAAAGCAGACAGCAAUAAAAUGUUAGACGAAAUAGUUCACCGGGCCUUGCACGAUAAUGGCGAAUUGAAACCACCGCCUCAAUUAAACCGUAAAACUAUUUUCACGAUGGAGAAUAUAGCCAGAGAAAAGAAAUUGCCAAUGUGUGAAACUAAACGAAUAGCAGCAAUUAUGUGGGCCUUGAGACUGUUACGAUCAUAUUAUCAGGAGGAAGAGCAUUGGGAAGAUGUUUCGGAAAGAUUAGCCAAACUAGUAACGUAUGUUUUGCUGUUGAUUAAAAAACAACAAAAUUCGUCCAGGGAUUUUCUUCUGUAUUGUCACGAUUUUUGCUUAACAAUUCGGGAAUUCAUAGAAAACGUAAAAGUGGUUUACAAAGACUUGGUAACGUUUUGUUUAAUGCCAUUAAUCGAAACCAUAAACGCCAACAAUAUCCACGUGCUAGUGAAAAAAUCCUUACUGUUGUUUCUGACCGACUUAGUGAAUAUGGAUACAAUGGAGUGGACUGAUGAUAUGAUGACGUCGUUUCAACCGCAUCUAAUAAAAUUAUCUGAAUGGGUUCUAUUCGAAUGUGGCGAUUACGAAGUUCAAUUUAUAGCAUUUUCUUUUAUUUGUAUGUUGACACCGGUGCCACGAGAGGAUAGGAGGAGAUUUGCGAAAACUCUGUUCAGUCGAAAACCGACCAUUUGUAAAAAAUUCUCCAGGAUGAAUUUUAAAGAUUUCGAUGGUGGAUUGAAAGAAUUAAUGAGCGUCAUAAAUGAUAAUCGAAAAGACGAAAAAAAAUACAUUUACUCUUUAAAAUGUGAUUACGCGAUCAUUGAUCAACAUUUCUUAAAAAAUAGGGAUCUGAAAGUACAUUUCAGUACGGCUUCCAGUAGGUUAAUAAUUGAAUGUUUUUCUCAUAAAUUACAACCCUUCACGGAAAUUGAAAAAAGCAGCAUUACAUCUUUCGAAAUAGAAGUAGUAGAACGUAAAGAAGAUCCAGAAGAAAUUAGUUUGAAAUUAUUUUUAGUAUUGAAACAGAAUUAUCGAAACUAUUUCGAUAAAGUUUACGAAUAUGGUGAGGUCUGUUUGUUAUUUUCAACCAGAAGAACCGCAGAGAUACUGAGAGAUUUCGUAUUACCGCUCAUUUAUCCAGAUUUCUAUACCGAGGUAAUCGGACAGAACCUGGAUUUAUUUUUGGAAAAGAUGUCAGAAAUUGAGAAUCAUCCGAAAACAAUUCAUAAAGAUAUGGAAUUGGUGACAAACAUAUCGAGAAGACAGUGAAUUAUGAUUCUCAGUAUCAGUACUUGGUCACUGCGCAGAAUGUAUAUUCGUAGGAAUAUCAAUACAUUAAAUUUUGUAAUUAAAAUGACUGGCUGUAUUCACAGUUUAUAAUGAAGGAUGUCAAAUUUUACGUUUUCUAUUUCUAUGAACAUGAACCAACUUUCCAUAAUAAUUUUAAUUUCAUGUACAUACAUAUUAUUUUGUUUGUUUUACGUAUUUUUGUUUUGUAAUUUACGAUUGAUCUCGUUUAAAAAUAUAAGCGUGAAAUAAUUUGUAA